ACAAAAGUUUCAACAAAGAAUAAAAUGUCUCAUUUACGACCACAUACAUCUUUGUCUUAUAAAAUUAGUAAUCAUGAAACAGCAGAUGAUGAUACAGACAGCGAGGAGUCAUACGAACCCCUGUUUACAAGACGUGAUUUCGAAAUAUUUAUUACUUACUUGAGCCAUGAUUUAAAAUGGAUGUUCAUUACUUCUUGCGCCAGCGGAUAUUUUUAUGUUCAUAUGCUUUAUGAAAGAUUAUUUGGUAUUUAUGAACACUUACCUCGGAAUAGAAGUACAGUGUCGGAAGUUUUGGGAGUUGUAGCAACUUCUAUAUGUAUUGCUUUAAUUAUAUUGGAUACAAUUUCGGCAGGUAUUCAUACUUAUUGGAUGAAAUAUUCGGCCCUGAAAGACGCACAACCUAGAUCAAAAGUUUUACUGGCUUUGGACGUUGUUACAUGUCCAAUUUUGUUUGUUUCGUUCUUCAACUAUUAUCGUUUGAAAUCAAAUCUGCCACCGAAGGUAGACGUCGUCGGAGUUACAAAGGAACUAUACAGAUUAUAUGAUCUAGAAAAGUCUCCUGGCCACUAUCCUGUGGAAAGCGAAUUAGUAGAACAGCUAACACCGCAGUACUUAAGUAUUUACAGGGACGUUGAAAAACUGUGUACAAACUAUCGAACACUGAAUGCGUUAGUCGUUGUAGUUGCGACUUACACCAUGCAUAGGAUCAUUCACUACUUUUAUGUCAUUUCCAAAACAUCUGGCACAAACAAAAUAUAUGCAGCUGUACAGAUCUACGGAUUUUCUGUGAUAUUGAUUCAUCAUUCAUUUGUCUGCAUCUGGAAAACAUUAGCCUGCACUGACGCGGUAUUCUGUGUUGGUGAUGAAAAUUGGUCAAUUUAUAUUCAGCAUUUCUUUUACAUAAAACAAAGAAGGCAAUUAACUCCAGCCACUUGGUACACGUUAAGCAGUUAUUUUAUUGCCCAAGGAUUGUCUGGAGAUGCGUUCGGUGAUAUAACUCCUGUACAUGCUUCUGAACGUUUGGUGACUAUUGUCGUAAUGAUAAUAGGAUUUAUAAUACUAUCUGGUGCUUUUAUUGGAGGUUGCACUUCUUUGUGUUUAGAAAAUUACAGAAGUCAGGCUAGUUUUCUUAACAGACUAAAAUUGAUUAAGGAGUUAUUGGUGUAUCGUAAUUGUCCAAAGAGGGUUGCAAAUAAGAUAUUGACUUUUUACCACACUUUCUGGACACAAAGAUCAGCAAUUCGCAUCCCCCCCCUCAUUUAUCGUCUUCCCCCUUCGAUACAAAAACAGAUACCUUUGGACAAAUAUUGGAAUGCCAUUAACAGGACACACAUCUUAAAAAAUUCCCAUUACGCAUUCAAAAAGGCGGUUGCUUCUGUCAUGACUACUGAAAUAUAUACGGCAGGAGAAGUGGUUUAUCAGCAAGGUAAACUAAAGGGCUCCAUGGUGUACGUUUUUAAGGGAAGUUUGCAAUUGUUAUCGGAAGAAGAUGGUGAAAGUCCUAUAUUGACGCUUGGCAUGGGCACCGUCUUAGGAGAGACUUCCCUUUUUUACAAUUACGAAUGUACGAACACGGUGGUAGCCUCGUCGUAUUGCAUCCUUCAUUGUUUGUCAAUAGCAAACUUAUGGGAAGUGGCUUUUUGCUAUCACAAAUUAGGAGAAACCAAACGAAUGCAUGAUUUAACAGAAAGCAAAAUUGCUAAUGCAAAAGAAAAAUUUGCCGAGAAAACAGAAACAGAUCAACAAGAAAAAGUUUUAAAAGUGAUGAAAACCCAGUUAAAGAGAGAAACGUCGCGAAUUGUUGUACGGUCGGCAAUGGAAGCUCUGCAACAGCAAAAAGCGUCGGAUAUGGUUACUUCAGAUUUAUACAUAAUCAGUUUGCACGAAGCAUCGGUUAAAAAGAACGAUGAAGUCUAUAUUCAAACCACAUGGCCAUGGAUAUUUCAGCCUAGUUCAAAAUUUACAGACGUGUGGGAUGGUUUUUUAUUCUUUUUGUUAAUAAUCAUUGCAAUUUCAUACCCUUACGAAAUUGCGAUUGAAAGACAUUUUUCUUAUCAACUGGAAAUGUUAAUUACCCUAAUUGACUUCGCCUUCGUCACUGACGUAAUAAUUAAAUUGUUUACUGGAAUUGAAACCGAACAAGGUACCGUAACAAAUUUUGUUGAUAUUUGCCUUUUGAGAUGUCGCAGUCUCACGUUUGUGAUGGACGUAGUUGCUGCAAUACCAUUUGACCAUAUAUCACUGUUGGUACAAAAUAAACGACGAUCAAGAAUUUUGGCUUUAUUGUCAGUUAACAGGAUAUUAAAAUUAAAUAAGGCUUACUUCAUAGUAAAGCGACUUGAAGAUAGUUUGAACUUUAACGUUGCAUUAGUUAGAUACAUCAAGUAUGUCACGUACAUCUUCUUUCUUUCCUACUUCUUUGGAUCCGUUCUGUACAUUUUGGCAUGUUUUUAUGAAAUUUGCUCAGAUGAUGGCUGGUUUAUGGUGAAAAAACAAAAGGAAUCUGAAUACGGUGGUACACUUACAAAUCAACCAUUUGUUGCUUCUCUUUAUUUUGCAAUGGCAGCAGUUACCCAGAUUGGAUUCGCCGUAGUGUCGGCAUAUAAUUUUUAUGAAACCGUUCUCGUCACUGCGAUUUUCUAUAUUGGAACACUUGCUUUUUGUUACCUAAUAGCCGACUAUUCAGCUACACUAAUGCUGGCUUACACUUCGAAAUCGAUUUACUCAGAAAUAGUGAAAGUGAUCAGAAGUUAUUUACAAGCGAAUGACAUUGUUUCUACCAUACAGAAAAGAUGGAACAAUUAUUUAAAUUUACAGUGGCAAUAUAAUAAGGGAUACAAUAUUAUAACAAAUAAACGUAUAUUUUACGACUUGCCACAUUAUCUGCAGAGUGAAAAUAUUGCUGCAAUUUUCACUCAUCAUUUAAUGGAAAUCCCACUUUUUAAGAAUUUCCCAAAAGAUUGCUUAAAUACUAUAGCUGCCAGCUGUGAAACAAUUGUGCUUCCAAAAAACGAAAUCGUUCUUUAUGCUGGCGACAUUUGUCAUGCCUUGUUUAUUAUUGAAAAGGGAUUUUGUGAGACCAUGUCGUCAGCUUCUGGUACAGUGGAAAAAUUAAUGGGACCGAAGUCUCAUUUUGGAGUUUUUGAAAUGUUUCUGGGUAAGCCAGGACUGUUUUCGAUACGAACAGUAACUGACGUUAUUAUUAUCAAAGUUUCUCAUCAAAACAUAGUAAAAGCUUUAGGUCCUUACUCAAGUUUGAAGAAAUCGAUACACGAUGCCGUUGCCGAAGUGAAAGACUCAUUCGUUGUUCACAAGCAUUUUCACGAAAUAAAGGGCGUCGCUACUUAUCAGUAUUAUAAUGAAGAAAAGCCAAGAUCGUUUUUCCAUUUUCCCAAAAAUAAGUUGCACCCUCUUAAUAUCGAUUAUAUUCGCGGGUUCGAUGAAAGCGGACCAUUCAAAAUUUUCAGAAACGUUCAAGGCAGGCCGCAUGCGGCCUACGGAUCGCGGGUUGAGCCACCCCUGCCAUAUACCGUCUUCUCAUCAUUUAAUGCUUUUAUUCUCAGUUUGAAGAAAUCGAUACACGAUGCCGUUGCCGAAGUGAAAGACUCAUUCAGAUUGCGCCAUAUUGAAUGUUGUCUUUUAAAAGAGUUUCUUUCUAGAUAUUUGAGAUUUUCUAUGUGUUAUUACGACUCAAGAGGUAUAUUAAUAUCGCAUCCUUUAAAAACAGCUAAACAUUAUCUGUCGGGAACUUUUGCUGUGGACUUUAUUGCUGCUUUUCCAUUUUCGUUUUUUUUACGUCAUUUGUUGAAGUAUGAUGAAAACAAUCCGGCUUCGUAUACACGAUAUUUGAGGCAACUGAACCUAGCAUCUUUUACGGAAGUGCUGCAAAUUCAUAGAAUCCCGGAUGCACUUAAAUAUUUUGAAAAAGAUGAAUUUUCGGAAGAAAAAACCAUUAUAAUAAUAUUAAAAAAUCUGCCUAUCCUGAUAGUUUUAUUCAACUGUCUCACCAAUAUUUUACUUCUCCUAACAUGCACGUUUGUUCGGAGUGGUGACACGUUUGAUUUUAAAAUGGAGACUGGGUGGUUUUUAGCUAGCGCAGGAAGAUUUGCUACCAACAUUCACAGUACAAUGCACCUGUACUUUACUGGUUGUUACUGGAUAAUGCAAAUGGCAACAACGGUUUCAUUUGCCGAUAUUUUUGGUGUGCAUUACGAAGAAGUAAUUUUCAUACUUAUCGUCAUACUUAUAGGUUAUUUUUGCAUGAACUACCUUUUGGUUACUAUAAUGAGUGGGAAAGGAAAUGUCAAUUUGUAUUUGACUGUUUUCCGAGAAAAUUUAAUACAUUUGAUACAGUUUAUGAGGAAGCACAAAAUAUCUCACGAGUUACAGGCUGUUUUCGGGAACAUCGACAAUGUACCAACUUCCCGGAGUUCGAUAUAUGCCGUUUCAAAUACAUCACAUCCGAAAAUGCUCUCCAGAUGGUUGGAACAUCGGUACUUUACUUCAUUCUUCAGUGGUUUUGUUGUUUUGGUUUCAUUACUUUCCUGCUUAAUUGUCCCUUACCAUUUGGGAUUUCAAGAUCACAGAAUCUUUAUUUUUAUAUUAACAUACGUCACAGAUCUCCUUUACGCUCUCAUUAUUACCACUUUCUUCUCAUUGGCCUAUAGAAAUGAAAAAGGUCACCUCAUAAAAAACAGAAAACUAAUUAAAAAGAGAUACAUGAUACCAUCACGUUUCUACAUUGAUUUAUUUUCUCUAUUGCCUUUCGAAAUAUUUUCACUGUGCUAUUCGACAGAUAGACUCUAUUACUUCACAUGGUUCAGAAUUAACAGAAUCGUUAGAAUUAUUACCCUUCAUCGUUUUAUAUCGUUGAAAUUUGACCACUUGAAUAUUAACGUUUUGCUAAGCAAGUUGUUUAAAGUUGUUGUUUAUUUUAUCAUCUCAGUACACAUUGGAACAUGUGUUUUAUACCUUAUUGCUUGUCCUGCUGGAAAAUGUAAAGAGAACAGUUGGUUUUAUUCAACAAAUAUAGUCAUGUACAGACUCAAUGAUUUUUCAGCUAUAAUCCAGUAUUAUUUAUAUAAUUUAAAGAAUUACGACUAUGGACUGAUGAAAUUUCGGCGAUAUUUGAGAAACAGCUAUAUAUCACAGCCCUUGUUAGAAAAUAUUAGUAGAUAUGCCACUAAUUUGUUUGAUAGAGAAAGGGGACAACAGAAUCCUAUAUUUCUUCUCAAAGCACCCGUAACACUAAGAGCAGCCCUUAAAAAUGAAGCAUACGAUGAACAUUUAUACAGGAAUUAUAUAUUCAGUUCUUGUCACACGGAUUUCAUACGUUUGGUAGUAUCAAAAAUGAAUACUUUAACAUUUUUUGCUGGCAACAUCAUAUGUGAAGAGGGUGAAGUCAACGACACAAUGUUUUUCAUUCAGAGAGGUGCUGUAGAGCAGUUCUUUAUUAAGAAUUACGAAGAAGUUCAUUCGGACGUGUUAAGAAAAAACGACUGUUUUGGAAUAGGAUGA